CGUGACGUCAUCCAACGUGAAGAUGGCGACGGAGAGGCUGGAGUUCCACGAGAUGGGUCUCGAUGAGAGACUGAUCGAGGCCAUUGCCAAACUGAACUGGGCGCAGCCUACUCUAAUUCAGGAAAAGGCCAUUCCUCUGGCACUGGAGGGGAAAGAUCUACUGGCCAGGGCACGCACUGGGUCUGGUAAAACUGCAGCCUAUGCCAUUCCCAUCAUCGAACAUCUUCUCAACACUAAAAAGUCCACUUGCGAGCAGGCGGUGCGAGCCCUUGUGUUGGUCCCCACGAAGGAGCUGGGUCAGCAAGUGCAGCAAAUGAUCCGACAACUGACGGCCUAUUGCACGUGGGACGUUCGAGUGGCUGACGUCUCGGGGCAGGCAGAUAUAUCAGCACAGAGGCCCAUAUUAAUGGAGAAGCCUGAUAUAGUCAUUGGCACCCCCUCCCGUGUUCUGCUGCACGUGGAACAGCACACGCUGAGUCUUUGUACCUCCCUGGAAAUGGUUGUGAUCGAUGAGGCAGACCUACUCUUCUCAUUUGGGUUUGAAAAUGACCUGAAGAACCUUCUGGGACACCUUCCGAAGAUUUAUCAGGCAUUCUUGAUGUCGGCCACAUUUAAUGAAGACGUUCAGGCACUGAGAGAGCUGGUACUUCAUAACCCGGUGGUUCUGAAGCUUCAGGAGUCUCAACUUCCAGACAGCUCCCAACUGACUCAGUACCGCAUAAAUUGUGAGGAGGAAGAGAAGUUCCUGCUGAUCUACACGUUACUCAAACUUUCCCUUAUCCGAGGCAAGACUAUUAUUUUUGUGAACUCUAUUGACAAAUGUUACCGGCUGAAGUUAUUCCUGGAGCAGUUCAGCAUCGCCUCCUGUGUCCUAAACUCAGAGCUACCAAUCCACUCCAGGUGUCACAUCAUCAAUCAGUUCAGUCGGGGUUUUUACGAUUAUAUUAUUGCAACAGACGAGCAUGACCUGACUAAUGCUUCCAGUACAGAUGAGGUGAAGAAAAAGAAAAACCACGGCAAAGGAGCAAAAGGGAAGGAUAAUGAAUAUGGGGUUUCCCGAGGGAUAGACUUUCAGAAUCUGUCAAAUGUAAUCAAUUUCGACGUCCCACUCACAGUAGAGUCGUAUAUCCAUCGUGUUGGAAGAACAGCUCGCGUGGAUAACCAGGGUACAGCACUGACCUUUGUGUCGCACACGGAAUUGCUGCUGUUACAACAAGUGGAAGAAGCACUAACUGGAGAGAACAUGGACUGUGCUUUGAAACCCUACCGGUUUCGCAUCGAGGAGAUUGAGGGUUUCCGCUACCGAUGUAAGGAUGCCAUGCGUUCAGUUACAAAGCAGUCAAUUAAGGAAGCUCGGCUCAAAGAAAUCAAACAGGAACUACUCAACUCUGAGAAAUUGAAGACCUACUUUGAAGAUAAUCCUAGAGACUUCCAGCUGUUGCGACACGAUAGACCUCUCCACCCGGCAAUUGUGAAGCCACAUUUGAAGAACGUACCAGAUUACCUGAUUCCAAAAACACUCAGAGGAAUCGCUAAUCCUUUCAUCAGUAAGAGGAAGAGAUGGAGAAACAAAUUCUCAAAAAAUAACCAGCAGAAAAAAAUCAAGGCUUACAAAAAACAGAAUCCACUGAAGAACUUUACUCUCACAAGGAGGAAAAAGACAAAAACUAAAGAGAAGCCUGCAGAACCGUGAAAGAGAGGACUUGACUAUAUGCAAAUCAGACAUUUUUAUGUUUGUGCCUUACCAUCAGCACAAGGUCCUUGCCUACCUCUUGGAGACUGAAAGUAUUGAGCUGCAUUUCUGUGCUUGACAUCAGGACAAUGGCAUUGUCUGAAACAUUUCUCCAUUUAUACAGGAGAAGAUACUUCAAAGAUGUAUUGAAUUCUUAUGUCGUUUAGCCUUAAGAAAUGCUUUCUAUUGACGCAGCAGUGUUGUGCAUUAUUCAGUUAAUUCCCUAUAUGCAGCAUUUCCAAACUUGAUCUUGCUGGUUCAGUUAUUAAGCUGCAAACCAAAGACUUGGAAACCUGGAAGCCUACAGGAGAUGAGAAAGCCCAAUCUCAUUGGGGCCACAAGUUACUUAUUAAACUAAAGCCUCCCCAUCACACUGGUCUCCACUGUUUACCAUCAUUUAAUCAAUUUCUCUACCUCAUACAUACACACACUCUCACUCUCUGAUGUGCACGCACAUUCUCACACUCAUGCGUGUACACACUAACAUUUUUAUAUCAAAAUAACUUCAAAGAGGUUCCAAUAUUCUAUCUGAAAUAUACACAUAGAACUUGUUUAAUGCAAGUAGCUCAUCGUGCUAAAGUCACAAUGUCCAUUCAACCUCAGUUCUGAAAAAAACAGGAUUUUGAUCUAUAACCUUGCCAUUCCAAGAUAACAGAUCGAUUUCACCUGAGUAAAAUACUGGUAUUGUAAUGGUGCAGAAUGACUGUCAAGGUCAUUUAGUCCCUUAAGCAUGUUAUACAGGGACAGGAGAACUUCAAGGGGCAGAAUGUCCUUUUCCUAUUCCUAUGUAAUAAUCUUAAGGCGGCAAAGCUUUCCAUUUAUUCAUGUGCAACAGGCUGUAUGCAUUGAAUGCUCAUCCUAGGAGGUAAAUGACACUGGAACUCAACAGAUGGGGAGGCUAAGCAGGGUUCGACAAUUCAAUAGUACCACCCACUGGUUCUGGCUUUCACAGCAGAUGUCACAGACUAUGUGGAUCUCGGAGGAUCUUUAUUCAUCUGCUUUAUUCUGCUGCUCAAGAUUCAUGUUAAGAAUUGUAUUAAUCCCAUAUGCCUGUUCAUUUUCCAUUCUCUAUUCCCCCUUCUGAAAUCAUUCACUUUUUAACCAGGAGUGUAGAGAAAGCCUCUAUACACAGGAAACAACUCUGGCUGACUUCAACUUUGUAAAAUUCUAGAUGGAAACACCUGCAUUUCAGAUGUGACAUAUGGCAGCUUCUGUUGUGCAGUGGAUAAUAAAGAGUUAAAUUUGAGGUCUUUCAGGACGUGAUUCUAAAAUCAGAAGACUCUGAGCACAAAAGUCACCAUUGAUGGGAAUUAAAAUGGUAAAGUAGCUCAGAUGCAGAGUGCAUUUUGGAAUUUUGUGUUCUAUAUGAAUUUAUUCUUUCGCUUUACCUUUUUGCUCUACUGGUUAAAAUUGGUGUUAAAUGCCUGGGUAAGUUAACUCUACUAGGGUCUAAAAAGCAAAUAUCUUCAGAAUUAAAAAGAAUAGUGUUUGGAGGAAAAUCACAGUCACAGAUUUAUUCUCAAUCAAGAAAGAGUUGCAUGUAUUUUUGGGUUUCUUCCACAUUUCAAAUGUUCUGCUAACAGAAUGUAUGAGGAAAUUCUGAGGAAUUGUGAGAAAAUUCGUCCUCGUUGCACAUUGUUCUCCCAGGUUUGAAGCAGACAAAUUUACCUUCCCUACUUUCAUCAAAACAAUUCCUCUGUCCUCUUUUUCCUUUUGAGGGGCAGGGGUAGUGAGAUGUUUGAGAUUUCCAAAAUUGGGUAGUCAGCAUCAAGCUUCAGUGGGACCUGGCAGAAAUCUGAAACUAAGUCAGUAGACUAGCUGCAAUAAAGAAACAUCUUUGUGACUCAACCCACCAAGCAAAUGAAAUGGUCUAACAAAGACAGGACUGAUGCCUCCACAUUAAAUGUUCUUAUUGUCCGUCUUGCUACAGUACAUGGUUAUUCUGCAAACGCAGGGCGCUUCUGCCAAACCAUCCAUGCUGAUCAAGAUGCCUACCUAAGCUAGUCUCAUUAACCUGCAUUUGACCCUUAUCCUUUUAAAGCUUUUCUAUCCAUGUACCUGCCCAAGAGCCUUUUAAAUGUUGUUGGUGUGCCUGCCUGCACCACUUUCCCUGGCAGCUCAUUCUGUAUAGGCAUAGAAUGGUAGUGUAGCAGUUAGUGUAAUGCUUUACUGCGACAAUGACCCUGGUUCAAUUCCUGCUGCUGUCUGUAAGGAGUUUGUACGUUCUUCUGGUGACAGUGUGGGUUUCCUCCCAUAUUCCAAAAACAUAGGGUUAGUAGAUCAGUCAUAUGGGUGUAAUUGGGCA